GAAAUUAUGAAAAAAGUAAUAUUUAUAUUGUUUUCUCUAGAAAUCUAUGUCUCUCAAAUUGUUCGUUGUAUGGAUGGCAAAAGCUCUCUUCAUGGUUGGCCUUUAACGGGUGAGAAACUUACAGUUUAUCGUUUGGAAAACGAUACCGAUAAAUCGCAGCUUCUGACAAAAAUUAGAAAAAUAAGACAGUGUACAGGAGCAAAAGUUAAUGACAUAAUAUUAACAGCUUUUGCUGCUGGGAUAAUUAAAUAUUAUUCACGCAUGAAGGAAUUAAUACCUAAUGCAAUAUCAGUGCUGAUACCAAGAAGACUCUCUCUGUCUAAUGACAACCUAGUACUGACCAAUGAUGUUUCGUUUAAUAUAGUUAAUAGUUGUUUUGUUAACGCGGAUAGAGAAGAUGUUUUAACGUCACAUAAAAACUUUCGGUUCUUUGAACGUCUUCAGAGAACUACAAUAAUAAAUAACAAAAUUAGAAAUAGCUUAGAAGCACCGUUAAAUUUUUUCUUCUUUAAACAUUUACUUGGAAUUUUUCCGGUUGAAAUUAUAAGACUUUUUAUUGCAACUUACAAUCCCACAAUGAUAUUUAGCAAUAUAAAAGGAAUACAAAAAAAACUUUAUGUUCAGAAUCAUCUUUUAAGCAACAUGGCGUUCUGGAUGCCGAACAAAAAUACAAUUGGAUUGUCCUUAGGUCUAAGUACUUACAAAGGCAAAUUAAAUCUGUCUCUAUUGGUUGAUAAAGCAGUAAUAAAAGAUAUAAAAGUAAUCAGAGAAAUAUUAGACGAGGCUGUAUAUGAAAUAGACUCUGCGUAUAAUGAUCUCGCAUAACUUUCGGAAUCAUCGGAUCGUUCAGUGAAACCACUUGUGGAAAAAAAUAAGAAUGUUCUAAAAAGGAAAAACAAUUUUAGUUAUGGGCAUACUUUAUCUUUUAUGCACGUAGUGUGUAUAAAUGUAUAUAUAUACACACUACGCAAUAUCGCGUUUAUGUAUUUUUAAAAAUAAAUUAACUAGUAAUAAUAUUGAUUUUUUUAAAUGGAAACCAAAGACCUUUAUAUAUGAACAUCGACUAAUCUAUCUUAUG